UUUGUGGUGACUAUCAUUCACUAAGGUUGUGGUGACUGGGGGGAUGGGUUUGAGGGGCUGAACUCAAGCAAAUGUCCUUACUAUCUCUGAAGAGGGCAAGAAGGAAUGUCUAGGGAACCUCAGGCCAGUCAGCUUUACCUCUGUUCUUUGAAAAGUGACAGACCAAAUAAUUCUGAAAACACAUGGAGAAAAAUGAUAUGCAGUAGUUGGUAUGGAUUAAUCAAGGGGUUGUAAUGUGUGACCAACCUGAUAACAGCCUUCCACACUGAACCAAGCAAGAUGACUAGCUUGGUGGAUGAGAACAAUGGGUGCUUUCUUACCUUGACCUUUCAUGAGGCUUUGGAAACUGUCUUGUAACCUCUUCUUUGGUAAGUUGAUGAAACGCUUUCUGCAUAAAGACACAGUGAGGUUGAUCCAAAAUAGCUUAGAGGCUAAAAUGCCAAGCUCAGGGUGGUGAUCAGCAUCCUAAAGUUCAAUGGGAGGCCAGUCCCUUUUGGUGUAGCUCAGGGUUUGUUAUCAGGCCAGCACUGUUUAACAUCUUCAUUAAUAACCUGUGUGACCGGAUAGACCCCUCCCUUGGCAAACUUGAUGGGAUGCAAAGCUGGGAGGAGUGGUUGAUAAACCAGAUGGAUGUGCUGCUACUUGGGAGCAGGCAAGUGAACAAGUGGAAGAAAUGAGCCAACAGGAAUGUUAUGAAAUUCAACAAAGAGAAGUGCAAAGCUCUGUCCCUAGGGAGGGGAUGUUGGCAUUGCAGAAGAGAUGCUGUGGAUCAAAAAUUGCUCAUGAAUCAGUAAUGCACCCUUGCCACAAGGAAGGCAAACCACAUCUCGGACUGAAUUUCCAGAAGAGAGUGGGCAGUGUGUGGGGGCAGGAGAUCCUUUCCUCAGCACUGGUGAGACUGCAUCUGUGGUGCUGUCCUGUUCUGGGCUCCAGAAAGAAGCAGGGACAGACUGGAGCAAGUCUAGCAAAGUGGCAUGAAGGGGAAGGUCAGAGUGCCUUACAGUCAAGUAGAGGCUGAGAGCACUGAGAUUCUUUAACCUGGAGGAGAGAAGAAUGCGGGGGGAUUCUUAUGCAUGUGUAUAAAUAAAUACCUGGUGACAGAAAGUAAAGAUGAUGGAGGCAGACUUGUCUGUGAUAUCUAGUGAUAGGACCAAAAGGCAAUGAAUGCAAAUUAAAACACAGGAAGUUCCACUGAAAGAUAAGAAGGUUUUGUUAUUGUUGUUUUGUUUGGUUUUCUGGUGUUUUUUGUUUUGUUUUGGGGGUUUUUGGUUGGUUGGGGUUUUUUGUACAUUUUGGUUUUGUUUGUUUUUUGGGGGUUUUUGUGUGUGUGUUUCUGGCUUUGUUUUUUUUUCUCCAGGAAAGGCUGAACAGGAUCAGGUUACCUGGAGAGGCUGUGGAGCAUGCAGUGUGGAAGCCCCAAAAAUCUGACUGGGAACAGCCCUAAGCGACCUACUGUGCUCUCUGUGCUCUGAGCACCAGGGCUUGGACUAGCUCAUCUUCUAGGGUCCCUUCCAUCUCUGCCACUUCAGAUCCAUUUCAGUUGUUGAAUCACUUACAAACUGAUAUGGAGUCCCACUGCAGAUACCAUGACCAAGAUGGGCUUCUUGGAACACUGGUGUUUUUAUCUGCAUCAGAUGUGCUGGAAUACAUCGAAAUCUUGGGGUUCAUAUAUCAAGGGUCAAGUCUGUCAACUUGGAUCAAUGGACGCCAGAGCAAAUACAGUGUAUGCAGGAAAUGGGAAAUACUAAAGCAAGACUACUCUAUGAAGCUAAUCUGCCAGAGAACUUCCGGAGACCUCAAACAGAUCAAGCUGUGGAAUUUUUCAUCAGGGAUAAGUAUGAAAAGAAGAAGUAUUAUGAUAAAAAUGCAGUUAAUGCCUUCAAUAUAUCAUCUGAUGCUGCUCAGCCUUUGGCAUCUUCUCCUUCUCUGCAAGCUGCUGCUGAGAAGAGCAAAGCAGAGAAGGAAAAAGAAAAAAAGAAAGAAGAGAAAAAGAGAGAGAAAGAAUCAGAAAAACCAUCAAAACAGUUAACAGCUGAAAAGCCACAGAAGAAAGAGGAUCAGCAAUCAGAAGCUAAAGCAAGUCCAAAAAAGUCAUCAGAACCCACUAUUGACCUUUUAGGACUUGAUGGUCCAGCUGAAGCAUCUGUUACAAAUGGAGGCACUGCUGCUGUCACAGCACUGAAUGAUGACCUGGAUAUCUUUGGCCCAAUGAUCUCUAAUCCUUUACCAGCAGCUGCAGUACCUCCUGCUCAGAGCACUUCCACUAAACCAGCAGCUGCCACCUUGUCUGGAGCAGCCGGGGAUCUUGAUCUAUUUACUGAGCAAACAACAAAAUCCGAAGAGUCAGCAAAGAAACAACUCUCCAAAGACUCCAUUUUAUCACUGUAUGGCACAGGAACAAUGCAGCAGCAAAACGCUCCGGGUAUGUUCAUGGGCUCAUCUUCUAUGCCAUUUACCACACAACCAUCAACUCACUUUCAAGGCUUUCCAGCCAUGGGAGUUCCUGUGCCAGCAGCAACUGGGAUGAUGGGAAAUAUGAUGGGACAAUCAGUGCCAGUCAUGGGACAAAGCACAGGCGUGAUGGUAGGAGUGGGAGUGCCCAAUGGAUUUACUGGUACUGCACCAACUGGUGUGAUGGGACUUCCUCAAACUGUCGUUGGACCUCAAGGUGGAAUGGUGGGACAGAUGGUCACACCACCACAAAAUAAGUAUGGAUUGCAACAAAACCAACAAGCUCAAUGGAACCUCUCUCAGAUGAAUCAGCAAAUGGCUGGAAUGAACCUCAGCAGUUCCAGCAACGUGAUGGGCUUUGGCCAGCCCCCCAACACAGCCGCAGGAUGGACUGGAAGCUCCUCUGGCCAGACUCUCAGCACACAACUGUGGAAAUGAAAGUUGCAAUAGAAAUCUUUCCCAGAACAGCCACCUAACAUUCCUUGUUCAAAUACAUUUACUUUUGCUGUUCCUUCCAUGUACAUAUAUAUUCUUUUUCUUUUUCCCCAGCUGUUCAGAUUAAGAAUAUAACUGACUGACCGUGUUGUGGUCUAUAUUGAUUUAAAUUUGAUGUAGUGAAAAGCAGAUCAAAUAUAUUUAUACAUCAUUGGAAGCAUUUUCAUACAAUGCAUAUGAUUUCAUAGACCAUAUUAAGAAGCUGCUUAACCACAUACUGAUUUUUUUUCCCUCAAAAUUCUAGAUCAAAUGUUUGCAUAUAAGGGAUGUAGCUAUCAUGUUAGUAAUAUCCAAAAAUAUGAACCCCAACCCCCCAAAAUUACCCAGUAAUCCUGUAGAAGGUACUGUAUGAACAAAUGUUUAAUCAUAUAUAAAUAGAAUGUAAAUGUAUCACUGAGCAAUGUUUUCUAGUGUAUCAAACAAAUUUUGUUUCAUCAUACAUUUCACUGUGAUGUUGUUAUGGUGUGCAUAACAGGGAAUGUGGUUAUUAAAAGAAAGAUAAACCUGGAUGUUACUGUAAUUCUACAAAUCAAUAGUUUAUUCUUCUAAAGAUGAGCAUUUGAUGCAUUUGAAUUUCCUGUGGUAAAGUCUCUGACCUGGCUCAGGAGGCAGGCGCACAGUGUUAAAAGAGAACUGACAGCACAAUAUACAUUCAAGGUAACUCGGUGUGAACAGAUGUAUUUUGUCUUGCAGAGAGAUCCAGGUUUAUGACAGUGAUUGUGUUUACAUUUUAUGGUGCCUCGUAAUGAUAAAAUGUUAUUUCCCUAUAUUAAAAGGAUAAAUCC